UAACACGCGUGGGGAGGGGGAGUGUUGGGCACCAGCCAACCUGCCUGCCUGCCUGCCUGCCUCCCGGAACAAGAAAUUCAGUUUGGCUACAAGAUGGAAGGAGACCAGGAUGAGGAGGCAGAGGAGGAGGAAGAACAGGAAGGUACCAACGAGAGGCUAAUCCGGAAACAUCAGCUCCCACUGUCCGCACAGUCUGCUUUCAGCUACAUCCCACCCCGGCGCACAGACCCUCCCGAGCUCAGAUAUUUUCACCAAGAGUGCAAGCCAGGAACCAUUUCCUUGUACGACUGCAUCUUCAAAAGACCAAUGGGCUACGAUGCAAAACUCCACCGAUGCGACCGAGAGCACGCUAAAAGCAGAGGACUUCACAUCAAUGACGAGGAAAAAGCAAGGCCUGUGCCCGUCUUAGCCUCCUCUGAAUACGGGAGACGCAUCGAGAAGCCCGUGGAAGAGUUGAUCCGAGACCACGUCCGCAUUAACCGUGUGCAAGCAGAAUUCUAUAGGAAAAAUGAAAUUGCCUGCUUGGUCAAGAAAUCUAACCAAAGCAUCGACCCAAUCUGAGGCCUUUUGCCCCAGUAGUAGUUGUCAAAGAGCGAAAAGGUUCCUUCGCUUUGAGGUCGAUCUCCCCCGCCCUCUCCCAACCUCAUUCUUUCUUGACUGUUGAUGUGAUUCUGGGUCCAUUUCAAUGCUCUGUGUCAUCUCCCACUACAAUAUUUUUAAGUGAAAUCAAAUGAGCCAUGCCUUUCUUUAGUGUGCUACGGACCAUAAACUUGAGCAAUUAGCAACUUAACUGAUGUGAGCAGCGUGACGUUAGGCAACGGCACUGCCAGGAAAAGACUAUUUUGUCUACAUUCAGAGCACUCCUGCUCAGUAAAGUAGUUCUAAGUAGUUCUUCCACCAGUACCCUCCUCUGCCAUUUAUCAGGACCCACUAAAGAUCUAAAGUUAUAAGGCUAAUUCAGAUCACAAGAAUCUGAUCCUGGAUCAAUAAUAAAAGUCAGAUUGAUCACCCCUUA